UGGAAUUCACUGCAUUAGUAUAUUCGAAUCAAUACCAUCAACACCAGCCCUAUUUUCUUCUCACUAUCCUUGUGGUGCUUCCCGCGCGGUCCGGAGUCCGGAAUCCGGAUACCGGAGGCGCUUUUUUAAUCCCUUUUUGAUUAAUUGUUUAUUUAAAAAAAAAAAAUCUCAGAAACUUAUCCGUAAUUUCAAUUUAUCUCACAUAUUAAAACCAGUUUUAAUCUUUGUUUCUUUAGAGAAAAAUUGUUUUUUUCCCUAUUUUUUUUUUUGAGUCUCACCCUCUCCCUCUCACUGCGAGUGCAAGACGAGGAAACAUGCGGACCAUGACAAAUCCUGGUGAAUCAAAUAAUCUCGAUGAAAAAAGUUAUAUUUUAGAAGCCAAGAAAAAUUUCGAGGAUGGAGGAAGCCUCAACUCGGAAGAUUCCUAUGACGACAUGAGACGUCUAGUUAGGGAAAAUGAAGAAGAAGAUAAAGACAAAUUUACCAGUUUACCACUGGCCAGCUUUAACUUCAUUAAUUCCAUUAUUGGAAGUGGUGUCAUUGGAAUACCCUAUGCGCUACAUCAAGCUGGAUUUGGUUUAGGAAUGAUAUUAUUGAUAGUAGUUGCUGCACUCACAGAUUACUCAUUAAUUUUGAUGGUCAGGAGUGGACAUCUUUGUGGGGAAAUGAGUUAUCAGGGUUUAAUGAGGGCGAGCUUUGGCCGCCCUGGUUUCUACAUUCUCACAGUACUUCAGUUCAUUUAUCCUUUUAUAGCGAUGGUUUCCUACAAUGUAGUCGUUGGCGACACGGUGACAAAGGUUUUAAUCAGAGUGACUGGCAUUGAUGAUUCCAGUUUCCUUUGGUUUCUAGUGAAACGAGAAAUGGUGAUAUUUUUGUCGACUAUUCUCAUUACGGUUCCAUUAUGCCUUUACAAAAAUGUCGCCCGUCUCGCAAAGAUCUCAUUUCUCUCUCUAGUCUGCGUAGGAUUUAUUCUUUUAGCAAUUUUCAUUCGAAUGGACACAAUGUCGUCUCUGGUACCAACUGCCGAGAACAGUUGGAGAUUCGCCAAUUUCCCUGGAAUCAUACCAGCGGUUGGUAUAAUGGCAUUUGCAUUUAUGUGUCAUCACAAUACAUUUUUAAUAUACGGCUCAAUUGAGCGGGCAACACAACAAAAAUGGGACGUUGUCACUCAUUGGUCUCUUUUUACAUCAUUUCUUAUCGCUGCAGCAUUUGGCAUUGCAGGAUAUACGACAUUCACCACUUAUUCUCAAGGUGAUCUUAUGGAAAAUUAUUGCUGGAAUGAUGAUCUCAUGAAUUUCUCCAGAAUCAUGUUUAGUGGCACAAUUUUAUUGACAUUUCCCAUUGAGUGCUUCGUGACUCGAGAGGUGUUGAUAAACGCAAUUCGAGGGAGGGACGACGUGGAGAAUCACGACAUCUAUAUAUCGGGAUCUGAUAGACAGUAUCUAAUAAUAACAUUGAGUAUAAUUGGUGUUGCCUAUAUUAUAUCAAUGACAACGGACUGCUUGAGUAUUGUCCUCGAAUUGAAUGGUAUUUUAGCUGCUGUACCAUUGGCCUACGUUCUUCCUGCACUCUGCUAUCUAAAACUCGAGGAGGGCUCACUUCUAUCAGCAAAAAAAUUACCCGCCCUCGGUCUUCUGAUUGCCGGCAUUUUUGCCGCAAUUUCCGGUCUAAUACUAAUUAUUAUUAACGAACAUUCCGGCACCAGUUCUUGUGUACACGGUAAAGUAAUGCCUUAUUGUAUCAAUAAUUCAACACUCAAUAACACUAUUAGUACAACCGCAAUCAGUAUUCUCACUAAUCAGACAACAAUUUCGCCGAUUAUGUCUAAUUUCACGACGACAACAACAACAACAACAUCAACAAUUUUACCACCAAUAGUCUAAGGGAAAAAAAUUCACUUUCUCACCAAAAGUCUAAUGGAGGAAAAAAAUUAAACUUUAUCAUCAAAAGUUUCAAAGAAAAAAUUAACUCUAUCACCAAAAUUAAGUUUUAAAAGAAAAAAUGAACUUUUGGUCACAGUUUUUCUUCAGAUAUCAAAUUGAGUCAAAAAACGCAUCAAAUCUUUGCUUCGUAACAAUUUUGAUUCUUUUUUUUGUCGCAAAAAAUUUUAAUUUUACUCAAAUUGAGUCAAAAAAUUUGAAUUUAAUUCAAAUUGAGUCAAAAAACGUCAAAACGUUGGU